GCCUUCAACACCCAAAUCGGUCAAAUCUCCUACAAAGCCGAAGCAGCUGAUUUCAGGAUUCAACGUGUUUUUUUGGUAUUAGGGUUAAGCUAAUCUAAAUCUGAUCAUCAUUGUUUCAUUAUCGUUGCCAUCAGAUCGGUGUUCGGAUUUGAUCAUCUCCAGAACCAUUCAAUCACCGAAGAAAACUAUCAGUCAUGGCGACUCCUGAUGUUCUGCAAAGAGAAGCCGACCUUCUCUCAUCUCCCUUCAUUGAGCUUCGUAAGGGAGAAAAUGGAAAAUCUCGUGGGCUCUCGAUUGAGAAGAAGAUUGAGCUUCUCGAGAGCUUGGCUGGAAAAGUUACAAACAGGCGUUCUCGAAGAUGGUUAAAUGAUCGAUUGUUGAUGGAACUUGUUCCUCGAUUGAAUGCUGAAGAAAUAAGAGGCUUAUUUGCUCCACCGCCAUGGGGUGAUGAUGUGCCACCAUCGGCAUUUUGCAUGACGAACGUGGGAGAAUGGGACAAAUUUAGGAAUAUAGACAUGGAUAAAGAGGCUAAAAUUAUUGGCACCUUAAAUAAUUCAUCUGCAAAGAAGAAAUUUCAUGCUGAUGCUGAUAAGGCGGCUUUCUUGAGUGCAUGGAAAAGAAUUGAUUGUCGAACAAGGGAUGCACUUCGCCGUAGCUUCCUUUCAGAUCUUAUUGCAGGCUAUGAGGAUUGCAUACGAACCUUUAUCAAGGAAAGUGGAGAAGGAGAUGUCCUUGCAUUACCUGUCCAAGAUCCUUUCCAUAGAUUGUUGCUGCACGGUGUCUGUGAGUUCUACAACCUGGUCUCGGUAACAGUUACACAGUCAAAGGAUGUGGAGUCGCUGAAGGUGACAAGGAUAAAGAAGAAGAAGAAAACAGGUGUCGUCGAGCUCCCAAAUAUCACGUUGUCGAAUUUCCUGGUAAUGUCAAAGGAGGGCACUUGGUAGUUCUAGGGGUCAGCAAUUGCC